AUGUUCGGUUCUGGUCAAAAAACUCAUCCUGAAGAUGGAUCUUUUUCUUAUGGAAUCGCGGAUUUUAAGCGAUUUUUUCAAUGGGUUCUUGGGUGCACCUAUGCGAAGAAGACCAUUCGGACUAGAAUUUCUGAAAUGUUCCAUUUCGCCGAUGCACCGCAUAUUGUGGUUUACGAGCGGAGUGAGGAGCGUCCGUGGUAUUGGAUGGUGGCGAUAAUCACCGCAGUUCUCGUGGCUGUUCUCAGCCUCUACUACACCGUCGAAGCGGGCUUCCGUGCCAUCCGUAAAUUCAUCCAAUCCGUGCUCCGUGAGCCCAUCCAAAGUACAGUAUCCACUCCAAGAUGCCUCUCUCCAACCACGCCUUCUUCUAAGAAGACGUCACCUCAAACACCAAAAACUCCAGAUGUGAUUGUUCGUCAAAAAAUGCCGAUGAACGAGCCAGUGAAUUGUGUUUUCAUCCGUCCGGCGGCUCCGAAAUCUGGAACGGUCGCCGUGCCGAAUCUGAAUUCGGAAGAAGACGUGACAGUGGAAGCGGAGAAGAAUGCGAUGAGAGAUCGAUCAGAGAAGAAGGAAAAAGAGAAGAGAGAUAAGAAGAAGAGUCCGCCAACGCAGCGACUCGAAGAAGUCAAAUUCGAUGCAUCGUCCAAUGUUAAUGUUAUUCCAACAAUGGCUCCACCUCCCCAAGUGAACACGGCUCAGAGCAACACCCCAAUCCGCAAAUCGACGGGAUCCGAAGAAUUGAAUAUUCCAGAAGCAUCGACUUCUGAAUUCGACCAAACGAACGAAUGGGUGAUGAGACAGAUUGCUGGUUGUCGAAAGUUGAGUAAUGAGAAUUCUCAUGAGAAGGAAAAGCGAGAAAACGCUGGAGCAUGUGUCAUUGAAUCGGAGGAGCCAAUGGAAUCGGGAAAUCAGAUCAUUGAAGCUCAACUUGGCGAAUCGGGAGCACUUGCUUCCUCGAAUGAGAAUCUUUCUGAAAUGUCAGCUAGCAGCAUUAUUUCCAGUCUUGUGGAAAUUGAAGAAACUGAGCCAUCGUUUUCGGAAACUCAAAAGAGCUCCUCCUCAGAAGGCGAGAAUCUGGAGCUUCAGAAAGCCGACGCUGAUGACGUGGAUAUUGUUAUCGAUGACUCGCACCUAACGGCUGAAACACGAAACGAGUGUUCUGGAAGUGUUCUCAUUAGAUCGGAGAAGGAAAAAGUGUUGUUCCGUUGGACGGAUAUCCGCCCAGAAACCAUCGAUUCGAUCACUCUAACUGGAUCAUUCUUCGGAUGGAACAUGUCGAUUCCGAUGAAAGGAAUCGGUCAGAAGAUGUUCGAGGUGUGUGUGGACCUGCCCGCCGGUGUACACGACUACUCGAUUGAGAUUUUCCGUUUUGAUUCUUAA